GACAGUGCCUACGUGCGUGUGUGCGAGAGAGAGAGAGAAAGUGUGUGUGUGUGUGUGUGUCUUAGAACACCUCGAACGCUUGCACACACAAUGUGUCUUCUCCCGACGCCUCUACAAGCACGGACACAACCGGAAAACUGGUUUUAAACCCUCGUCUGAUGCCAGAAUGGUUUUAAACCUAACUACUGACUAGUGCCAGAACACCUCCUCCAGGAUUGUGCUGAAAAUCGUGAAGUGACGUUACCAAACAGGAGUGAGGAUUGGUACUAAGUGCUGGUGAUAUAGAGUGAUUGGUGGCAACAUUGACUCCAUAACUCAAGACGCUCUUAUGGAUCACUAAUGCUGAAAAUUGUAAGACAGUUAACACCAAAGAUCUUACGUAUCAAUAUUAAAAACGCAGGUGGAGGAGCGUAGAGGAGCGUGGAGGAGCGUAGAGAGACGAGCCAGAUCAACCACAGAUGACCAGGCUCCGGAUGGAUCAUUUUCACGCGAGCUGGCCGGCUACAAGCAUGUUCCCACAUCUCCGGAUGGCCAGGCUCUUCUAUCUCCUCUUUCUGCGUCUCCUCCUUCUCCCGUCCUGGCGAGACGUAAUGGCUGCUGCUCUUCCAGUGUUCCCAAGUCUGCUGCCGCCGCUGACGACGACGACGACGACUGGCCCCUCGGCAGGAGGGGUCGUGGUGGUGCCGGGGUCGUUAUCAAGCAUGUUUGCACAGCAGAACAACACAGAACUCAGGUCCCAGGUGGGCUCCACCGCCGUCCUCCACUGCGUCGCCAACAACGUUGGAGAGAACACGGUGUCGUGGAUCAGACGGAGGGACUACCACCUACUCACCGUCGGCUCGCAGGCCUACAGCAGCGACGACAGGUUCCAGGUUCGCUACAUCAAACACGAGAAUGACUGGCAGCUUCACAUACGGUACGUGCAGGUACGAGAUGAUGGGGUGUACGAAUGUCAGGUCUCCUCUCACCCCCCAGUCAGUCUCUUCUCUACCCUACACGUGCUGGAGGCGACGUCAGAGAUCUUGGGUGGCCCAGAGAAGUACAUGACUGUUGGCAGCUCCUUGAGGCUUGUGUGUGUCUUGAGAGACAACACCCAACCACCCUCCUACGUCUUCUGGUACCACGACCAGCACAUGAUCAACUACCACGCUACCAGGGAGGUGCGGGUUGAGAACAAUGGGGGACUGAGCGUUCUGUUCUUGAGCAACGUGCGACCAGCGGACUCCGGUAACUACUCCUGCGCCCCCUCCAACGCCAGACCUGCUCACAUCUAUAUACACGUCCUCAAAGGAGGAGAGACUCCGGCAGCCAUCCAUUCCGCGUCAGGGGAAGAGAAUGCACCUUUCCCGCUCCUCCUCGCUCUUCUGCUGUGUCUGGGUGCCACCUACUUCACCUCAGCCACCUUCACCACCUCAGCCACCUACACCAAGCGUGGCACAGGCGCAGCGGCUGUGCCUGAAGGAGCAGGUGGAGGUGGUCCUCGGGUCCUCUCGGGUCGUCCUCCAGUUCCGCUAGACUCUCCGCCCACACCAUGGCGGGAGCCGCGACAACCUUCUUCUUCGCCACCUGUCUGCCAGCGCCAAGGUCUCCAUCUUGCUGGAUCAUUCCUGCUUCAGCCAGGACGACCAGGACGACCAGGGACUUGGGAGGUGCUGGCGGAAGCGUUGUCGAGCAGAAGGUCACUUGGAUCACGUCUCAGCUGAAUAUGGCACUUUAUCACCUCAACUUUCUGGAUGUUGAGGCUGUAUUACACAGCAUUAAUGGAGGAGAUACCAAGAUUCUGUGGCGACGCAAGAUUGCUAACGUUUCUUACUUCAUACGUUUCAAUUUGCAGGAUAUUUUGGUUUGCAAGACAUUGAACCUUUCUUUCAAAAUGGGAUAAUAUACCCUUAGACGAAUCUGUGAGGAUUUUGAUCCUCAUUCAGCGUUGGGAUUUCUUAUCCUUUGGCAUUUCAAAACCGAUUUUGAAAGAGCUGAUUAUCAUAAAUUCGCCAGAUUUUAAUGUCAAGAGGCUGAAGUAUUUGGAGUUGAAACUUCAUUCAUUUGUCUCUAGCUGAAAUCUCUUUGAAACGGAGGCUUUCUUGUCAAGCUGGUCCGAGAAAAAUAUUGUAUUUUACGUGUUAAAUGGAUACAUAAUAUGUUAGUGUUGAUUUAUAACAAAGACGUGCAGAUAGGUAUAUUAAAAAGGAAUGAACAAUAUAAAAAUUAUAUAUAUAUA